AUGGCCUCGACAACCCAAUGCCUCGCCUCGCUGGCAAGGCUCAGUCUGCGGGCUCCCGCAAGGCCGAUGGCAAUUUCCACAAUACCCAACUUCCUGUUGCCGUCGGUCGCGACACCACUGGUUCGAUAUGCCUCCAAGAAGUCAUCAGGUGGAAACAACAACAUGCGGAAGCGCGUGGUGAAGAAGAAGAAGGCGUAUAAGACAUUUCGCUCCUAUGAUAUGACUAAUAUGGACCAGUACUCUCUCUGCGAUGCCAUGAGAUAUCUCCGCGCCUUCGAAGUCGGAAGCCCGCCUACCAGCGUCAAAUACGAGGUCGCCGUCAAGUUGAAGACACAAAAGAACGGCCCCGUCCUGCGAAAUCGCAUUCGCUUGCCGUUCCCGGUCAAGACCGACACGCGUAUCGCCGUCAUCUGCCCCGAGGACAGCCCCCUAGCCUUGGAGGCGCAGCAGCUCGGUGCUGUAGCAGUCGGCGAGGAGAGUCUAUUCGAGGCUAUCCGGCAGGGCAACAUCCAGUUCAACAAGCUGAUCUGCCACAAGGAAAGCGAGGCGGCGCUCAAGAAGGCGAACGUGGGCAAGCUGCUGGGUCCCAAGGGAUUGAUGCCUAGCGCCAAGACCAAGACGUUGACGACAGAUCUCAAAGGGACGAUGCAGGAGAUGAUUGGCGCGGACGAGUUCAGGGAAAGGAACGGCGUGGUGCGGCUGGCCAUUGGCCAGCUCGGCUUCACGCCGCAAAUGCUAUCCGACAACCUCAAGGCAUUCAUGGGACAGGUCAAGACGGAUAUGAACCAGAUUGACGACUCGCAUGUCAAGCUGCUCGAUGAGGUCGUGCUGAGCUCUACCAGCGGGCCUGGGUUCAGCUUGAAUGGCAAGUUCAACCCCUCAGGCGAGAGCCUCGAGAUUGGGGACCUCGAGUCUGUCAUGUAA